AUGUCGACGGCGGCGGCGAGCGCCGUUCUACUACUCGCAUUUGCCCUUGCUACGGCAUUGACGAUACCUGCGGCGGCUAGGCACGACGGCCGCCACCAUCAAGGCAGCGGCGGCGGGUUCGAGAAAGUGUUCGACCGGCAGGAGGCGGACCGGGUGGAAUCCCUGCCGGGGCAGCCGGCGGGUGUCGGGUUCAGGCAAUUCUCGGGCUAUGUCACGGUGAACGCCACCCACGGCCGAGCCCUCUUCUACUGGUUCUUCGAGGCCGCUCGGCAUGUCAGCAAGAAGCCCCUCGUCCUCUGGCUCAACGGAGGGCCGGGAUGCUCGUCGCUGGGAUACGGAGCGUUGCAGGAGCUGGGCCCCUUGCAGACCCAGAAGGGAAGUCCGGAGCUCAGGCUAAACCCCAACGCAUGGAACAAAGAGGCGAAUCUGCUCUUCUUGGAGCAACCUGCCGGCGUCGGAUUCUCGUACACAAACACCUCCGCCGAUCUCACUAGUUUCGGUGACGAGCUCGCCGCCCACGAUGCGUACAUUUUCCUCGUGAACUGGUUCGAGAGGUUCCCGCAGUUCAAAGGCCAUGAUUUCUACCUUGCCGGAGAGAGCUAUGCCGGGCACUAUGUCCCCCAGCUCGCCGAGAAGAUCCUGGAGAAAAACAAGAAGGAACACAAGAGCAACCAGAUCAAUCUCAAGGGAUACCUGAUCGGGAACCCGGCGAUCGACGACGCGUCGGACAGCCGCGGCACGGUGGACUACACGUGGGACCACGCCCUCGUCUCCGACGAGCUCCACGCCGCCGUCAUCGAGAACUGCAAGUUCGACAACGACCACCAGAACAACACCAUCGCCUGCGAAAUCGCCUUGAACUACCUCUACAGCGGCUUCAACGACAUCGACCUCUACAGCCUCUACACCCCCUUGUGCACCGCCAACUCCACGGCACGCCGUCUCCGGCGCCGGUCAUCAUCCCCCAUCAACACCGAUAACAACAAGAACAAGAAAACCCAUGGCCAGCUUCGUCUCCGGCUCCUGUACGACGCCUACGACCCGUGCCAGGACCAGUACACCAAUGCCUACCUGAACCGCCGCGACGUGCAACACGCGCUCCAUGCCAACACGUCCGGCAUCAUCCCCUACAGGUGGUCUGGGUGCAGCGACACGGUGUUCCACAACUGGCAGGAGGCGCCGAGAUCGACGUUGCCGGCGAUCAAGAAGGCGGUGGAAGCCGGGCUCCGGGUCUGGGUGUACAGCGGCGACACGGACGGCGUUGUCCCCGUCACGGGCACCCGGCGAGCGCUGACGAAGCUGGGGCUGAAGACUGUGAAAGAGUGGAGAGAGUGGUUCACCAGCGACCAGGUCGGCGGGUACACGUUGGGCUACGAGAGUCUCACCUUCGUCACCGUCCGGGGAGCCGGGCACAUGGUGCCCACCCUCAAGCCCGUGCAGGCUAGCCAGCUCUUCGAGCACUUCCUCGCCGGCAAGGACCUGCCGCCCAAACCCGUCGUGGUUUAAGAUCGAUUUAUUAUGUUGCUUGGGUUGUUGACCCCAUGAACGGUUAUGUAGAGUUUGGUUUGGAUUGCAGCCGGUGGAUCUAUUGGAAAACUCAUCUGUAAAUCAUCAGAAUUUGGGAGUGAAUAA